GCGGAAGUGACGCAAGGCGGCCGCCGGAGGUGUCGCGCGGUGCUGUGCGACCGGGUCUGUGUUGAGUAGGGCCCCGGACCGGGAGCGGUGCCGCUAUGUCGAUCGAAAUCGAGUCUUCCGAUGUGAUUCGCCUUAUCAUGCAGUACUUGAAGGAGAACAGCUUGCACCGGGCGUUGGCCACCUUACAGGAGGAGACUACGGUCUCUCUCAAUACUGUGGACAGCAUUGAAAGUUUCGUGGCUGAUAUUAACAGCGGCCAUUGGGAUACUGUUUUACAGGCUAUACAGUCUCUGAAACUGCCAGACAAAACCCUAAUUGACCUCUAUGAACAGGUUGUUCUGGAAUUGAUAGAGCUUCGUGAAUUAGGUGCUGCCAGGUCACUUCUGAGACAGACAGACCCCAUGAUUAUGUUAAAGCAAACACAACCAGAGCGGUAUAUUCAUCUGGAAAACCUCUUAGCCAGGUCUUACUUUGACCCUCGUGAGGCAUAUCCAGAUGGAAGUAGCAAAGAAAAAAGAAGAGCAGCAAUUGCCCAGGCCUUAGCUGGGGAAGUCAGUGUGGUGCCGCCUUCUCGUCUCAUGGCAUUGCUGGGACAGGCUUUGAAGUGGCAGCAGCACCAGGGAUUGCUUCCUCCUGGUAUGACCAUAGAUCUGUUUCGAGGCAAAGCAGCUGUCAAGGAUGUGGAAGAAGAAAAGUUUCCAACACAACUGAGCAGGCAUAUUAAGUUUGGUCAGAAAUCCCAUGUGGAGUGCGCUCGGUUCUCUCCAGAUGGUCAGUAUCUGGUCACUGGCUCUGUUGAUGGAUUUAUUGAAGUGUGGAACUUUACUACUGGAAAAAUCAGAAAGGAUCUUAAGUACCAGGCCCAGGAUAACUUCAUGAUGAUGGACGAUGCUGUCCUCUGCAUGUGUUUCAGCAGAGACACUGAAAUGUUAGCGACUGGAGCCCAGGACGGGAAGAUCAAGGUAUGGAAGAUCCAGAGUGGACAGUGUUUGAGAAGAUUUGAAAGGGCACAUAGUAAAGGGGUCACCUGUCUAAGCUUUUCUAAGGAUAGCAGUCAGAUCCUUAGUGCAUCUUUUGACCAGACCAUAAGAAUUCAUGGUUUAAAAUCUGGAAAAACACUGAAGGAAUUUCGAGGCCAUUCCUCCUUUGUUAAUGAGGCGACAUUUACACAGGAUGGACAUUACAUUAUCAGUGCGUCCUCUGACGGCACUGUGAAGAUCUGGAAUAUGAAGACCACAGAAUGUUCAAAUACCUUUAAGUCCCUGGGCAGUACUGCAGGGACAGAUAUUACCGUCAAUAGUGUGAUUCUGCUUCCUAAAAACCCAGAGCACUUUGUUGUGUGCAACCGAUCGAACACAGUGGUCAUCAUGAACAUGCAGGGGCAGAUUGUCAGAAGCUUCAGUUCUGGUAAGAGAGAGGGUGGUGACUUUGUUUGCUGUGCCCUCUCCCCCCGGGGUGAGUGGAUCUACUGUGUUGGGGAGGACUUCGUGCUCUACUGCUUCAGCACAGUCACUGGCAAGCUGGAGCGAACUCUGACGGUUCAUGAGAAGGACGUGAUUGGAAUUGCACAUCACCCACACCAGAACUUGAUCGCCACCUACAGUGAAGACGGACUCCUGAAGCUCUGGAAACCCUAGUGAGCCUUUUCAGUGUGGCCAAGGAGCAUGGAUUUAAGUGGCAUUAGUUUAUCUGCUUUUAACUGGGGCAGUCACUUAAUAUUUUCAUUAAU